CGGGGAGCCUCGCCCCCGCCCCGGCACUGCCGCAGCCCCCGCCCCACAACUCCGCCAGCCCCGGAACCGGCAGCACCGACGCGGGACCGCGGCUUCACCCGCGCAGACAUGAGCGGGCUCGGGGCCGCCGCCGAGCCGCCGGGCUGGUGGCUGGGCAGCGGCAGCAGCGGUAAGGGCGCAGGGGAAGCAGGUACCGGGCGCCGCGGGGCGCAGACGGGGAGGCAGCCGCCGCCGGCGGGGCGGCAGGUGCCGGCGGCGGGGAGGGAAGGGAGCGGUGCUGUCCCCGCCUCGCCUCCUUCAGGGCUGCGGGGUCCCGGGGGGCGGCCGGCCGCGUGCCAUGUUGCGGCGAGCCCCCCUCCGCAGCCCCUCCGUUUCCUCCCCGUCGCAGAGGUCUUUUUUCCCGAGGAGACGCGCGCCGCCGCACCUGGGGAUUUCCUGCAGGAGCUGCCCAGCUACCAGUCGGCGCUGAGGCGCCGUCCCGCCGGCGGCACCCGCGAGCGGCGGGCGGCCCCGCAGGGCUCCACGGCGCGCCGCGGGGCCGCAGCCCGGGGGCUGGAGCAAGAGGGAGACGAGCUGGCUGCCCGCCCGGCGAGAGAAUGCCCCGUGAGCAUGGCGGAGAAGAGGAGAUUAAGGGACUGCAUUCAGACUGAUAUAAAAUAUCUAUCUGGAUGGAAACAGUGGAAAAGAACUAGCAGCAAAUCAUUGAAAAAAGUGCUCAGUGAAGUCAAGGAGUUGUCAUCUUACCUGGAACUUUGGAGACAUGAUAUUCACAGCAUAGAAGGGAAAUUUGGUACUGGCAUCCAGUCCUACUUCUCCUUCCUGCGUUUUCUGGUCCUGCUGAAUUUUAUCAUUUUUAUCCUGAUGUUCAGUUUUAUCACCCUUCCAAGCAUCAUUUCUGAAUAUGGAAUAUUCAACAGUAGCUUUGCUAAAGUUCAACCAAAGCACAUAGAGCCUCACUGCACAGUUUAUAAACCUACUGGUAAUCAGGGACUUGUCUACUUCUAUACUUACCUCAAAGACUUGCUCAGUGGCACUGGGUUCCUUGAAGUGACAGAAUUGUUUUAUGGCUAUUACACAAUAGAUGCUGCAUGGCUCAGUACCCUGAGUUACAACUUGCCACUAGCAUAUCUGCUGGCUACAUUUGCCUACCUUGCAUUAAGUCUUCUCUGGAUAAUAAAAAGGUCUGUGGAAGGAUUUAAGCACAACUUGGUGCAUAAUGAAGAUCAAUUUCAGAGCUACUGUAACAAAGUCUUUGCAGGCUGGGACUUCUGCAUUACAGAUCCAAAUGCAGCACAGCUAAAACAUCGCAGCUUGCAAUAUGAGCUCAAAACAGACUUGGAGGAAGAAAGACUGAAGCAAAAAAUAGCUGAAAGGACAACAAAAGAAAAGCUACGUAUCUACUCUCUGAGAAUAUUUAUAAAUAUAAUUGUCCUUGCAGUACUAUCAGGAUGUUUCUACUCUAUUUAUAGAGCAACUGUCUUCUCUCAGGAAAACUCCAAUGACAUCAAUAAUACAAACUUCCAGGCUAAUCUCUUAGUGCAGUACUUGCCUUCCAUAGUGAUCACAUUGGCCAACUUCAUUGCUCCUCAGAUCUUCUCAUUUCUGAUCACAUUUGAAGAUUAUUCACCAGCCUUUGAAAUCAGACUGACACUCUUGAGGUGUAUCUUCGUGCGAUUGGCCAGUAUUGGUGUUCUCCUAUUCUCACUGUGGAGUCAGAUCUCUUACUGUGACACUGACAAGUGUAAGGCCUGUGGAUACAACUACGAACUCUAUCCUUGCUGGGAAACUCAAGUUGGGCAGGAAAUGUAUAAACUGAUGAUAUUUGACUUUAUCAUAAUUAUUGCUAUGACCCUGUUUGUGGACUUUCCUAGGAAGUUGUUAGUUACUCAUUGCUCUUGCAAGCCAGUUCAGUGGUAUGGUUUGCAGGAAUUUGGAAUUUCUGACAACGUCCUGGAUAUCAUUUAUGGGCAGACUAUCUGCUGGAUUGGAGCCUUCUUUUCACCACUUCUCCCUGCAAUAGCAACUGUAAAAUACUUCAUCGUCUUUUACAUUAAAAAGGUCAGCUUGAUGCACACACGUAAACCUGCAGCAAGGCCUAUUAGAGCAUCGAGUUCCAAUUUUUUCUUCUUGGUGGUGCUGUUGAUUGGGCUUGUCUUGGCCUUUAUCCCUUUGGGAAUCAGCAUAGCACAUAUCCCCUCCUCCAAGGCGUGUGGACCAUUCAGGAGUUUUAACACUUCAUGGGCGGUUGUUCCAGCUACAGUACUUGGGUUUCCAACAGGUCUGCAGCAGGUUCUUAACAGCAUAGCAUCAGAAGCCUUUGCAGUACCUUUUUUUAUGGUGAUUUGCCUCGUUAUGUUCUAUUUUAUUGCCUUGGCUGGAGCACACAAACGAGUGGUUGAGCAGCUGAGGGAACAACUGGUUAUGGAGAGUCGUGACAAGCUGUUCCUUAUCAGAAAGAUAACAGAAGCUCAGAGGCAUCCUUGAAAACCACAAAAAGACGGAAGAACUUGACUUCCUGAAACUCCCAGAACCACUAGAUAAGUCUGCACACCUAAAAACGGAGCAGCUGACUGGCCUGGCACUGUGGUCCAUGUAACAGACACUUACAAUCUUAUCUUGGUUAUGCUAACGGACCUUAAAGUUACCAAGACUGGAAAUUUAGCUUAUUUAUAGUUGUUAGAUCUAUCAAAAAACAAAUCUAUAGUAGGACACUUUAUUGCUGCUACAAUUUCAGGGUUGUUGGGGUUUAAGUCCCUAUUUUUUCAGGGGUUUUGUGUAAAGUGUGAUCGGAACUGAAACUCUGCAAAGUUUGUACUGUUUUUACAAAUUGUGCUUUAAGACUUGGGAGGGAAGGCAAAGGUGUGAUUUUAGUUGUUUCCAACUCCCUUUUCUUUCAAAACCAAAGCAAAAGAGAAAUGUAUGUCCAUAUUUUAAAAUAGUGCCUAAGAGAAGAAAAUAGGGCAUGGCUUUGAAAUCCGUUUUCUAAAUGGUUUUAGCCAAGAGACUUUGGUAUUUAUUUUGCUGUGAAACAGCAAGUGCAGUCGAACACUGCAUAACUUCCCAAAGUGGUUCAGAGAAAACAAGCUAAUGGAAGAGCUCUGAAUAAACACUGGGAGUAGGAGAAGACCAUCAGUCACAUCACGGAGUCAUUGUACGUCCGUGGCACUGACAGCUAUGGCUCGGGUACCAGCCUCACGACUGUGGAGUGGCCUUUUUAAAAAGCAUUUGUAUUUUUAAUUACAUAUAUUGAGGCAUUAUUAUUUGUUGUAGUGUUGUACAAAUGUCUUGAACUACUGUUCUGUUUGAAAAAUGUGAAUAUUUGAGAAUUAAGUUAUAGUUUGGAAAUCUAGCAUUCAGAAGCUUGUCAGUACGCUUUAAAUUCUUGUUUCUUCUCAAGUGCAACGACGGUGUGACUGGGAGGGAACAGUAUUUUUAAGUAGACUACUAAGUGUUUACUUGAACAUUGUGCUUCAGGAUUUUCUGUACAGAAGUGCGUUUAGUACUUGAAACGUGCCGGUAGCGCACCGUUAGGCGGCGAGAGGCUACACAUAAAACUGAGCCAUGUU